ACGUUAGCUAGCUAGUUCGCCAGCUAACACAGGCAAGCUAGCUAGCUAGCUUUUUCCAAUGGACAAGCCUGUGAAACUGCUUGCUAGUUAGCCAACAGAAGCUUCUUUCUAAAGGCAUUACAAGGCACUUCAUCUUCUUACAGUGAUGGAUGAAGUUGAUAAGAUUUUAAUUCACUCGCUUAAACAGACCGGCACGUAAGUAUCUAGCUAGCUAACGUUAGUUUCUAACAUUAUCAAUAACCUGUUGUUGCUAGCUAUCAAUUUAGUUAGUUAGCUAACGUUUGCUAGCUUAUGUGUCUACUGUAGUGAGUUUGUCUAGCUCUUGGCUUUCAUCUGAUAGCUACUGACACCCAGAUCUACAUUCAAUCACUCAUCAGAGCCAAUAAGUUAUCAGCUAAUAUUUUCCUUGUGAACAUUUGCUGAAGUGAGCGCAAAUCAUGGCUACAUUAAUUAAAACGUGUAAAAAUAGCUAUUUUGUUCUAACAGCUGGUUGUUUGAUUUUCACUCUGCCAAUCUUAAAAUAUGUCAGCUAGUGUAAUGAGCAGAAUUUGUCCAUAUCUUUCUAUCUAGCUUGUUAGUUACACCACAGAGCUUUGAAUAUAAUUUGAAAGUGUGUAACCGGCUGAUCACAUGACUAGUGAGAAGUUAACCCCGUGCACCUGCACCUCAUGCUCUGUCUGUUUGCACAGGGAUGUGGGGAAGGAUGUGCAGAGUGUGAAGCACUUCACCAGUGAGCUGAUAGUGGAGGCGGUGGUGAGAUGUCUGCAAGUGAUCGACCCGGCCUUGGGGAGCGGCCUGUCCCCCUCCUUACCCCCCGGCAUGUCUGCCCGCUUCCGAGUGGGCAUGAGCCUGGCACAGGCCUGUCAGGUGAGAGAGGAAAAGAAAAAGGAUAGUCAUAGUGCUCCCCCUCCUGUUGUGAAGUGGGGCUCACUCCUUCUUUUGAUCACAUGAAGAUUAAGAUAUUGUUGGCUGUAAAUGGAUAACCAUGCAUGACUUAUUGAUGUACCCAUAUGACCUAUACCCCCUUUGCAUGACACUCAGUCCAGGGUUUUUUGUAUUCUAAAAUGAAUUUACUGUCAUUAUAUCAACCUCUGUUUUUCUUGGUCCCAACUACAUGCAUGCAGUCUGGACCACUGAUGUCUGAAUAGAAGUCAUUCAGCAACCAAUUUGACCUCCUGCUACAAUGUGAUUUCAUGUCAUAUAGACUAAUGCCAUUCUAUCUCUUUGAGUAUUGUUUUGAACAGUUUUUUAUUUCCUCGCUUGAUUGGCUGUAUUGAAUAGCCCAAUUGCUUGCAUAACUUCAGUUGAGUGAUCUCCUGAGAUGUAACAGUUUAAUUACAAGAUUUAGAAUCUGCCAAGUGUGAAUAUAUUUGGUGUGAUCAUUUUGUGAGGUAGGCUACAUCGUUGCACAUGUUCAUGGAUGGUCUUUAUACAAAAUCUCAUAGACAUUUCUGGUUCCAUUUCUUACCCGGAAUGACCCUCAUGUUCUAAAGGGUAGGGGGGAGGCAUUACGCUAAGGUCAAUGACCUGUGUAUGAGCGGACUCCAUAACCAGGUUGACAUGCGUUUAUUUGCAGGACCUUGGCUACAAGGGAGAGAUUGGCUACCAGACCUUUCUGUACAGCAAUGAGCCAGAGAUCCGCUCCCUGCUCAUGUUCCUGGUGGAGAAGCUGCCCAGAGAAAGUGCCGAGGCCUCGGACCAACCAGCAGGUACAGACUCAAUGUCCCACCAUUGUACUGAGAACCAUUCAUCCCUUAGCUUUAGUUCUCCCCUUAUACAUUGGUCUAUUUAUUUGCUUUAUGAGCUGAAUUCCGAUCAAUAAAAAGACAUUGAAUGUUUCUGAACUUCUAAAAAUGACAAUUGUCUAUAAGUAUUUCUUUGUCUCAUACAUUGUACCCCCUAACAGGUAAAUCGACCCUCCUCCAGAAAUCCAUAGCUGCCCAGAUUAAAGCUCAGCUGGCUUUGCCCUGGCUCUCUCCAUCCUGCAGACUACCCCUCCUCUGUAAAACACAGGUACAUCCUGCUAGCUAUGCCACAAAGCAUUAUCAAUGACGUGGCCAGCUAAAUUUAAUAUACACUGACAAAUAACUUUGGUUUCCUAGAUCAUGAAGGAAGCUAGAUUUCAAGGCUGUGUUUUAGUGAAAAUAGUGAGGCAAUAAUGCAAUCCCCCUUUCAUGUUUAUCCUGUUUUUCAUGGCUUCAUGAUAUUUACUCAAGUCAAUAUUCCCCAGAAUGAUGCACUAUACAAACUUCCAAUUUGAAUCUAUACACACUUCCUAUUUGAAACUCUGUGUCUUUGUGUCAACAGUGUUCCCUCUUAUUGUACAGUGAGCACCACAUAUGUAUGAAAAUACCCUCAAAUUAAAGCUGACAGUCUGCACUUCACCCUCAUUGUCAUUGUAUCCUUUCAAACUCAAAGUGCUAGAGUACAGAACCAAAAUAACAAAAAAAUGGUCACUGUCCAAUGAAUGAUGGUGCUCAUUGUAUGUGUUCUCACUUCACGUUUCUUUUUAGAACCCAGGACCGUCCCACAGUUUCCACUCUCAGCCCCUUAGUUUACCGCACUGCCUCAAAGUGCCUGGGAAAAGGCAAUUGAAAGGUAAGCCUCAGAAUACAAGGACCCUUUUUAACUUACUGUCAUUGCAUAUCAUUCUGUAAUCCAAUUCUUCCAAUUGUGUAGGAUUCUGAAUGAGUAGCCUAUAUACAUAGGCAGGUGUUACAUUAGGCUUGGUACGAGAUCUUCUUUGCCACUGAAAUGAGAGCAUGUGGUGACAGUUCAACACCAGUAUACCACGUCAUUCUUUUCUCCCCCUCUCCAGAGGAAAAUGACUACCACAGGGACUUCCUUCCCCCUGUAACUGCCCAGCUGUCGCAGCAUGCCUCAGUGCCGGCCUCCCUGCUGGAGCAGCAUGCAGGGGAACUCAGUGCUGCCCAGGAGUGGGAGAAUGAGUGGAACAGCCAAGGCCUCCUCUCCCGCCUCACCCCCGAGGUACACUCUUAAAGGGAUAGUUUAAGUUUUUGACUUGAAUUUGAGCACAAUAAUAAUAUUUCUGUGUUCAAUGCAGUGUUUUCAUCUGUGAACUCCUUUCUCCUCGUGUCCACCCAGGAAUAUCGCUCCAGGAAGGUUGCACGUCUACAGAAGCGGAUCGAAGAGCAGCUGCGCACUGCGGCCCAACCCCGCCCGGACACCCUCAGCGCCCACAGGUCGGGCUCUGACCUCACAGAGCUGCUGCAGUCCUUCGGGGGCUCUGCCCUCAUUGGUGACAUCCUUGCCAAGGGCACCCGCUUCACCCACACCGAGAAAUUCACUUUCACAGAGGUGAAUGAUGGGUUAAACAAAGCCUACCCCAAAGACAUUGAGCAACAUCUACAAAUGUUCCCCCUUUUGAUUUCCAAUCUGAAUCCAGUCUUUGUUUCUCUCUAACUGGUCCAUGCCUCUCUCUGUCUGUGUGUGUCAGGAGCCUGAGAAAGCUGCCAAGCAGAUGGCAGCAGCGGCCAACUCCCUCCCCAGCUCGCAUCAGUCGGAGGAGGACCUGCAGGCCCAACAGCAGGAGGAGCUGGCCUCUCUGCAGCAGCAGCUCCAGCAGCUCUCCCUCAGUCUUGAGGAGGUGGGCGGAGACAUGAGGCAGCUCACUGUGUCCAUACAUCAGGUAAUUGGAGCCUAUCUUAUUCAAAACAGACAAACUCUGUGUAUUUGCGUAGACCUCGGACCAGAGUUACCACAGUGGAAUGAACUACGACAUGUAAGAUGUAGUCACCCUGCGACAUUUACUUAUCUCUUGUCUGUGUGCAGGUGUCAGAUGAGCUGAAGCAGAAAGAGCUGAGCAACAUGGAGGAGGAGGACUCUGUGCGGGUAAAGAAGCAGACCAUUAACCUGCUGCCGGACGGGGAGAACAACCUUGCUAAGCUGCGGGCCCUAGUAGAGGGAAGUGCCGAGCGAGUGGUCAACCUGGCCGCCCAGUGGGAGAAACACAGAACUCCGCUUAUCGACGAGCACCGCAGGCUCAAGGAGCUCUGCAGCAACCGAGAGGUAGCGUUCGUUUCAUUAGAUAUCACCCAGUGUGUGUGUGUGAGAGAAAGAAACUCUUAUUUCAACUUCCAUUAUUUUCUCUAGAUGGAGUCCUCUCGGAAGCUAUCUGAAAUCAAAGAGCUUCACGACAAAAUCCGUCAAUCUGCGGAGGAGGCCAAGAAGAAGGAAGGACUGUAUAAACAACUGGUAUUAGAACUAAUUACAUGUAUUUGGGAUGAUUUACUUCCACACUGUGUAUUCAUUUGGUUCCUGUCCAAGCAUUAUGUCAAACACAAUUUUUGGGGAAUCUGACUUCUCCUUUAGAUAACAGAGUUUGAGAAUCUCCCCAAAGAUAUCUCCCGCUCAGCCUACACUGCGAGGAUCCUGGAGAUUGUUGGCAACAUCAGGAAACAGAAGGAAGAAAUUACAAAGGUAUACCAUCUGAGACACCUCGCAUCAAUACAGUCCUGAGUAUCUCCUUAAAAACAGUCAUUCAAACUGAAUUUGAAUCUGAGUAGAGUGAUUUUAAGUAUGGUAUUUGUGUGUCCCCCCUCUUUGUCUCUGUAGAUUCUGUCUGACACUAAGGAGCUGCAGAAAGAGAUUAACAGCCUGACUGGAAAACUGGACCGAACGUUCGCUGUGACUGAUGAGCUGGUCUUCAAGGUAGAGCACCUAGCAAGAUAACUUUUUGCAAUUAGAGGUCAAAGAAAUCCCUGAUAAUUUUAUUUCAAUGGUUCUAUACCACAGUUUUCUUCAGUUGCCUAAUCAAUACUUUUUCUCAUACUGUGCAGGAUGCGAAGAAAGACGACUCUGUCCGCAAAUCCUACAAGUACCUGGCAGCCUUACAUGAGGUAAGAGCUUGUUGGCAGAAUAUAACCUUCUCUUAGAAACUGAAGAGCAAUGCAUAUAUCCUUGGGUCUGGUGCACUGUGGUCAUUUUAGGGCCCUAUAACUAUAUUGGUUAGUUGUGUGACUUGAUUCUCUUUCCUGGUAUAGAACUGCACUCAGUUGAUCCAAACUAUUGAGGACACUGGCACAAUCAUGAGAGAGAUCAGAGACCUGGAGGAACAGGUAUAUAUGGACUCUUCUUUUAUUCCAAACCACUAACUUGCACUGCUACUGUACAACAUGAGUCAAAGUCAUAGUUUGUCAUUUUAUUUGGCAUAGUGAUAUAGGUCUGACUUGGUAGAGCAAACUUUUUAAGUUCCCUUCUCUCCAUAGAUUGAAACAGAGAAUGGUAAAAAGACAGUAAGCAACCUGGAGAAGAUCCUGGAGGACUACAAAGACAUUCGCCAGGAGAACUCUGCUCUGGCUGCCAAGAUCAGAGAGGCCUGACGUGACCCUCCUCAGCAUGAAUCACCGUAGUGGCCGCCUGACUUGUCUGCUGGUCAAACUGACCGGUAGAUAGCAUGCCCUCGAGACUGCCUGUCCUGUGUGUGGAACCAAGAAACCACACUCCAUCUCGUCUCAAGACUUUCAACGCUGUCCUUCGUCCACUGUCACCUUGUUGCAUUGCCUUCUGGGAGCACCGACAGCAUAUGGGGGAGGGGAGAUUGAAUUUUGUACUGAAAUGACUUAUAAUUUUUUUUGGCACAAACCUUGGCUGACCAAAAACCAUGCUGGAUAUAGAACAGAUUUGUGAUGCAUAAAACAGUGAUGAAUUAUACUUGCCUUGCAUCCCUGGUGUCCAUACACUGGUUGCAUAUUGAUUCCACCCAAUCAAAAAAUAAGUUCUGUAACAAUGAUGCUCUCAGACUUUCUAUUAGAAAUGAUCUCAAUUGCAGUAGUUCUGAUAGACCGAAUCAAGUGAAUGUCUUGUUGAUCUGGUACAAUUACAGAAGCACUGAUUUACAUCCCUAUAAAUUUGAGCACAUCAAUCAUUACCUACAUUCUUAGACCCAGUCAUUGGAAAUUAAUGUAAUGUGGAUUUAGAACUCAUGAGGUCAUUUGUUUGAAUGUCAUCCAGUCCUAGACUAGUAAACCGAGUCAGUGUAAGUGAUUCUGCUGAAUCUGGUGAGGUUAGUGUCCUGUGAAAAUGUCAGGUUUAUGUACUCUCAAAGUGCACAAUGUUUCAGAAGUAACAUGCACCAUCAAAGUCCCCCUGAGUAAUGGUGGCUGUACAAAUUACCAGCUUUAAGCUUUUUUAUGUAUAAUACUUCAAGUAAACUUGAUACUACUUUGAAAUGCAAUGUAGGUCCAUGUGUUAAGGUGAAUUUCUUCAUUUUGCCCCUCCUGUUCCACAGACCAAUGCAAUGGUUAGGUAUGGCCUAAGAUACCGUUGAUUUGUGCAGAAAGAAAUCCAUGCCAUAUUUUGUCUUACAAACUGGAAUCGCUAUAGAGAUUACUAGGUUUGUCCUUUCUAGUUCAUUCUCAGCCGUAAUCAAAUGCUGCUUUUGUCUCUCUUUUGCUGAGUAUUAUUUGGCUUAGGGUAAGUUGCCUCACCUUUUGGGCAUUGAUCUCCUGAAAUGGUCUAGAUUAGAUAACAAAUAAACUACAUUGAUCGAAAUAAUGAUUCAUGCAAAACUUGUAUAAAAACAAUACAAAAUGUUAGUUGGCAGAAAAUUAACAUUUAAAUGAAAGUCCUGUGCUAUGUUGUGUUUUCUUUCACACGUUAAGGUUUAAUUAAUGUUGAAAUGCUGAAAGGUCCUUUGUGUCACGUUUGUAUUCUGGCCUUUUUUCCUGAUCCUGUGGGAAUGCCUGUUGUACUGGCUCUUUAGCCAUGUUUAUACCUGGUACUAACAUGCACCCUUUGUCCUGAUCUUGUCAACAUUCU